AAACGUAUAACGUUCGCUGCAAUUAUCAUUGCCAGCAAAUUACAAAAAGAGGAAGUCUUUAGAAAUUAUAGAGGAGAAGAAUUACAAAAAGAGCUGUUGGCUAGAUAUCCGAUGUCCCCUCGGAAGGUACAAUCGAGUGCAAAGAUAGAUAAAGUUGAAGUGAUAACUUAGUCGACCGUCGACCAAUUGAUCUUUUAUAUUAUGUCUCUGUGCGACUUAUGGUAUGUCUCUGUGCGACAGCUCUGUGCAACGACGACGCGAACGGGAACGUUCCCCUGGGCAAGUCCUGCAACCGUUACUGGCAGUGUCAAGGCGGUUAUCCACGGCUGCAGAGAUGUCCAGCGAUGCUGGUGUUCGACCGGAGGUCGCUGAGGUGCGUGGUCCCGCCGACCGAGGACUGCGACGUGCCCACAACGCCGCCGAGCCUCGAGGGCGACCUGCCCGAGGGACGAAACGAACAGGAGCCAGAGGAGGAGAACCUCCCGCCUGGUGUUCCGCCGCUGCCAGCCGGCGCGCUGCCGAUCUCGCUUCGAGCUCGUCCCAGAAACUAGAUUAUCCAAUUCUAUUUCUUGCUUCUCGACGAUGAAUCGCAACGUCCUGGACUGCAUCCGACGCGCGCGGAACGUGUAACGUAUGUACAUGUGCAGGCGUCUAAAAUAGAAAAAUGGAAAAGUUGUUGUUAAACGAUCAUCGUUUUAUCUGAGGAUUACCACUUACAAUGGGUUACGCUUGAAUUGAACGGAUUGGUCGUUCUCAGAGUUUGAGACGAGCAAGACUGCAGCUUUCAAUUUGUCCUAGGUUCUGAGAAACUGGGUUUAUUAGGUAUUUUUAGCAACGUCCGCGCCUUUCAAUCAACUGUUUAAUUAACGUGGCUUUUGUAACAAACGGACCGAUGAUGUUAAAGCGUGACUUGGUACGAUCAAAUGUUCGUUGAAGAAGAAAAAGUAAAGUAGAAUCAAUACCACAGAGUACGUACUCUGCUCCAAAGCAAUUUGAAAACUAGCCUUUGAACUUUGAUUUUGCAACGUCGUCCGAAUAUUCACACGUAACAUACACAUGUAACCUCGUGUUCGUACGUUACACAUUGUGCGCGUAGAGAAUGCAGCCUAGGAACCUCGGUUGAAUGAAAAUUACUACACGUGAGAAACACGCGGCUCGUGGAAAACUCGUUGCGCCGAGUCUCAAAGCGAAUGGAGGUCUGAGUCGUAGUUACUUGGCCAGGGAACCAGGUGAUUUACCAAUUAGGUACCGAUGUUACGUAUUAUACAAUCGGUAUUGUGGCUCUCGAGGAUACAACAGAGAUCGCACGAGGGCAAGCAAUGUUGUUAAACAUACUCCUUUAUGCGUACUCACAGCUUCGUUAGAAAGUACUGCUACUUCCUGGGAUCUGAAGUGAUCUGGAUGUUUCACUUUUAUCUAUCUCGUUCACCACUUUCUUUUCGUUUCUUUCUCCAUGAUCGAGAUGAUCGGUUUCGUUGAAAAAAGGAUGCAGGUAAGGAUGAUUGUACACUCUUUGAUUAUCGCUCACUUUAAGCAUUCUCUCGGUGAACCAUUCGUUCUCUCUCUCUCUCUCUCUCUCUUUCUUUCUCUCUCAUUCUUACAGUCAAAGUGUAAAUAUUCUCUCUUGGACAUUCUCACAUUCUCUCCUUCCCCCUCCUGUCCCGAAUUCUAUAAGCAUCUACAUAUGUAUUGAAACGUUCACACUUGUACGAAUGUAGACUCGUUGAAAUAAAGUAUACGUUGUAUAUUUUUUGUA